AUGGGAACAGCGAGGGACGGUUCAGUGUAUCUUUGCCAGCCUACAACAAUCUGCAAAGGAGUUGCAGAAAAGCCUCAUGUUCAUCGAGCCGUAUGGGCAAGAAAACUGUUCCCAUUUAUACUUUUCUACAGCGGGUUUAAAAUUCUGCAGCUGAGGUCUUGAAGAUGCAGAAGGGUACAGUAUGUGGUGCAGAACGCAGUGUGUAUAAACUAAUUUUUUCCUUGGAUUUCUUUUGUAUUUUUGUUUUGUAUUUCUUUUCAAUGUUUCAUAUUUGUUAAAGGCUUGGCUGGAACAUUUGUCUGAAAUGUUUACAGUUCUUAUCACAGCCUUGAUAGCAGUCUUUCCCGUAGAGUCAUAUGCUUUGAAAUGUAAUGAACACUUGAAACUUAUGGUAGCUCUGUUCACACGAGUUAAUUGAUACAAUGAUUUCAUAGUCACUUACCUGUGUUGUGCCCCUAUUAUCUUUAUCUCAGAAUGCCCCACAUUUAAGGAGUGGGCAUUGAGCCUUAUCUCAAGUUAAACUGAGCUGAGGCUCUGAAAUCGUCCUAUGUUUUUUUAUUGAGACUUGGGUAAGGUAAGCACAAAGAAUAACAGGAAGUGCCAUAUAAAUGCAGAGCGAGCCACAUCUAACUUCUUUUUUCUUUACACAGAAAAACAUAAUAAAUGUAGUCCAGCAGAGGCACAAUAUUUAUUUAUGUUAAAAUAUAUUGUUAUACCCUUGACAAUCAGAAAUAAAACAGUUGGUUUUCACUCGUUUAGGUGGGCACAUAAUCAUUGUAUGCAGUUUUAGUGACACAUAUCUGCCCAUUGUAAUGUUUUGCAAUCACAGUAAUGUAUGUUAAACACUGGAUAUCUCGCCCUUGAUAACAAAUAUGUGAGGUCUUUCUCAUUGGUUGUUUUUUGGACUGUUUCAGGGGAUGAGACGCGACAGAGGGUCAAGUUCACUGAUGAUCGAGUCUGCAAAAGUCAUCUUCUAAACUGCUGUCCGCAUGACAUCCUGUCUGGAACUCGUAUGGACCUGGGGGAGUGCACCAAGAUCCAUGACCUGGCACUUCGGGCAGAUUAUGAAAUUGCUUCCAAGGAAAGAGAUCUGUUCUUCGAGCUUGACGCGGUGGAUCACCUGGAGACGUUCAUUGCCGACUGCGACCGGAGGACAGAGCUGGCCAAGAAGCGCCUGGCUGAGACCCAGGAAGAGAUCAGUGCUGAGGUGGCAGCAAAGGCAGAGAAGGUUCAUGAGCUGAAUGAGGAAAUAGGUAAACUCCUGGCUAAGGCUGAGCAACUCGGAGCUGAAGGCAACGUGGAUGAGGCCCAGAAGGUCCUGCAGGAAGUGGAGAAAGUCCGCACUAGGAAGAAGGAUGCAGAGGAAGAGUACAGAAACUCUAUGCCGGCCUCCAGCUUCCAGCAACAGAAGCUUCGUGUGUGUGAGGUGUGCUCCGCUUACCUGGGUCUCCAUGACAAUGACCGUCGUUUGGCCGACCAUUUUGGUGGGAAGCUUCACCUGGGCUUCAUCCAGAUCAGAGAGAAACUGGACCAACUAAAGAAAACUGUGGUUGACAAGCAGGAGAAAAGGAACCAGGAACGCUUGAAGAGACGAGAAGAGCGGGAGAAAGAGGAAAGGAUGAAGAAGAGGACCAGAUCACGGAGCAGAGAGCAUAGAAGAUCUCGUUCUCGUGACCGCAGAAGGAGGCGCUCACGCUCCACAUCACGAGACAGGCGCCGCUCGCGCUCACGCUCCAGGGAGAGGAGAAGGAGGCAUCGCAGCCGAUCCCGCUCUCGCAGCCGAGGACACCGCCACAGCCACGAGCAGAGCUCCAGACACAAGUCGUCCAGGGACCGAGAGCGCUCAUCCAGAGACAGGUCACGGGAGCGAGACAGGAGGGACGGCAUGAACGGCAGGUCGGACUCCCGCCGGGCAGACGACAGGGACAUGGGGGACCUCUGAAGACCAAACUCCAUCCAUCACGACACACAAACCUCCUCCUGUCUCUCUCACCCGUCUGUCCAUUUAUAAUAACCCAAAUGUCACACACAGUCCUUGCCUUGCCCCCUUUGUUCUCCCGCCUGCCUCCUUUCUUUGCUUUGACAGUUAUUGCAGCCGACCCAGAGUGUACACGUACCUGAAAUAUUGUAUGGGCAAAAUAUUCUAGCAUCCAGAUAUAUCGAAGAUUGAAUUUGGAUGGAGGGGAUUAGUUACUGAUUGGUAGUGGAGAGUAUUGUUAAUACCCACAUCUGUGAUUUGGUGGCUGUCUGUAUCAAUACAUCCGAUGUCUUGUUAUGAAUGACCCUACAAUGAUUCCAACAGAAAAAGCAAACAUAAAUGGACUUGUCUGCUGGACUGAAGCAUAAAUGAUCCAUGUUCUUUUAUUACUAACUGAUGGUCUUUUGAUACUGAAUCUGUCUGAAUAUCUUAUAUAUCCGAACAUGUAUUGGGCCUACUGAUUGUUGUGGUCUGAAAAGCUUUGUCCUAUCAAAAAUUUUUUUCACGUCAUCUCCCUUUAAAGAUUUAAAUUUCACCAGCUGGUUGACUGCGGCUGUUAUCGACAGCUCGAGUGCAGUUCAUGAAUGUCUGUCCACAUUUUUAAUUGUCCAGUACAUAGUUUGCUAAAGCCCAGUUAAAGUUUUAGGAACCCAGUUCAAAACCAGAAGGUUUUAGAGUUGCGAGUGUUAGUAUCAAUCCGUUCCCCAUUGUCCAUUUUUUUUUAAUUUUAAACAAAUCAAGUUUUAUUUUCUGCUGCCAGUAUUGAAGAGAAUCUGUUUGAGAGUUUGUGAGUAAAUGCUUGUUUUGAAUUGUGUUGGUGGCAAGUCUCUUUGUUGUAUAAUUUGUUUUCAUCUUGAUUUCUUUUAUUUAAAAUAAAUGGUAACAUCAGAGUUUGUCGGCAUAUGAAGCAGUAGGUUCACCGAUGUUUGGAAAUUUAAUGCUAUAACUGUACAUAACUUUUAUUUGUCUUUAUUUUGGCCCAAGUUGGACAAAAGUCCUCCAAAUACAUAUAUAUGAAAGCAAACAGAUUUUAAUGGAUGCAUUGCUUUACCUUAUGUGUGAAGUCAUAAUCUGUUAUGUUCUGCUGGAUCUCUUUCUUUCAUGUCUCGAUUAAAAAAAACAUCCCACCAUUUUAA